AUGUUCGCGGCACACCUAGAAUUCUUCGCGGCACACCAGUGUGCCGAGGCACACUGGUUGCCCGACACUGACUUAGAGCAUAAUGAUCCACAUCAGAAGAAAUCAGUGAUCGCCGAACUGUUUGGAGACAUAUCUGAAGAUGAAGAUGAUGGCAUGGACAUGCAUCUACAACAACAUUCUGACAUACAUCAACAUCAUCAUCAGCAGCAGCAGCAACUACAACAUGAUAACUUCUUUCUGCCUUGUGAGGAAUUGCUAAUGGGACAAGUUGAUCGUAAUAAGGACAGUAACUUUGGGACCCAUUUUGAUGAGGAUGAUGAAGAUGAUGACCACGAUGAUGCGGAGGAUAAUGAUGAUCUGAUCAUUCCGUCCAGUGGACAUGACGUUCGUCGUCGUCAGCCUCAUCAACGCCGUCAUCGUCAGAAUCAACAACAUCCCAACAGCGAAAGAUCCAAACGAACAUUCCUAAAUAGCGAAAGCAGUAGCGACGACGACGACGAUGAUGGUGAAGAUGAAGGGAUUGAUAAUAAUGCAGGUAUCUCUGCAGUCGCUGGUGUAGUUGCUUCUAAUUCUGUGAUGGAGGAUGAUGACGUGAUGAUGACCGCGAACGAUGCUGACGUUCAACCACAAAUGAAAAGCGGUCGGAGGACGAACAUUCAACAGCGUAACUUAUCCUGGCAGAAAGAUCUGGUGGUCAGUGAUAGUGAUAGUGAAAAUAACGAUGGGGAUGAACAUCAGCAGCAGCAGCAGCAUGAGGAAGGAGAAGAUGUAGAAUAUGACGAGGAUGAUGACUCGGAUGUGAAUAGGAGCCAGCUGAAGGCGUUGGAACAGGAAAUCAACCAGCAGAAUCAGCAAUCUCUGGUUGACGUGAAGAGAAAUGUUAGCUUGGAAGAAGGAGAAAUCAGAGAUGAUGAGGAUGAAGAGAAUGAGGAUAUAAAAAAGGACCAACUCGUUGAAAUGAAACUGAUCAAUGAUGAUGAUGAUGAUAGCUCAGAUUCCUCAUCAUCUUCUUCUUCAUCUGCACCGUCAUCUGCUUCACCCUCGCCAGCCUCCUCUAGACCUCCGUCUCCGGCACCUCUGCCUGAACCAGAACCUGAACUUUCCAAUCCUCGGUCCUGGAACCUCUGCGUAUAUUUGGAUCAAGUGAAGAAAGAAUCUUCCAACCUUGGAUCUGUGGUCGGAUGUCGAAGCAUGGCAGGCAGCUCGUACUCUCCCAUCAAUUCCGUGGUCAGCAAUCCUCUCUCGCAGCAGCCGUCUCUGAUGUCGUGGAAUCCGUCAGGAACACCUCAGGGACCGUCUCCGUUCAGCGUUUCAUCCAACCACCAACACCUACAUGAAGAUGUUGACAUGGCUGAUGUCGUUUCCUCUCCCGAACGCUAUGCAGCACCGCACCCGCCUUGCUUUACCACUCCUUCGUUAGAAUGCAAAAUGCCUCGCACUCCAGAGACACCAGCGUUGCCGAUUCAGAAGCCGAGUCUCGCCGUCUUCAAUGCAGCAUCUAUCAUUGUGAAGUUUGCUGCCAAGAGAUUGCUCAAGAUGAUGGAGGUAGAAAGAAAGAAAAAAAGAAAAAGGGAUGAAUCAACUUCCGGAUCGGAUGCCGGUUCUCGGAAGAAGAAAAUUCGAGUGUUUCCUACUCCAACGGAAAGUGAAAGAAACGAGAAGGAACAUCCCGUGGUGGAAAAAAUAAAGAUCAAGAAAGGAGUGAAAAGUUCGUCGCCGUCACCUAAACUCGAAACUCGCAAAACGUCGGAUGGAAAGUUUGCCAAGCCGAACAUGUUACCCAAGGUUUCCAAUUUGAAUACACCAGCCAACGGUUCGUCUGCCGCAGGAACGGCAUCUACCGAGACUUCCAAUGCAACAUCGAAAAUUUCUAAAUCCAUUGACCUUUCAAUCAAUGACGCAAACAAAAGCAGCAUUAACGCUAGCAGUUUUGCCGGUUCGAUGGUUCAAGCUUCGCAACUUUCUGAACAAAAGUAUGCAAAGAAAAAACAGCAGUCGGACAAGACAAGUCUGCCCCGUAGCAAAGACAAGCCUAAAACCAUUCCUACAAAGAUAAAAAUUGAGAAAAAAAAUUCAUCGACCAACGUUGAGAGGAACGAGACGGCAGAGAAGUUGCCACCAUCGCAAAAACACUUGAAAGACACAACACCACACAUUUCUCACAUGAAACAAGAACCACGCACUCCUAAACAGUCGUGCACUCCUAAACAGUCGUGCACUCCUAAACAGUCGUGCACUCCUAAACAGUCGUGCACUCCUAAACAGUCGUGCACUCCUAAACAGUCAUGCACGCCGAAGCAACCCUGCACGCCAAAAGGAGACUUCCUCACUCACAAACAAGGAGCACUUACUCCGAAACAAUCUGCGCACACGCCCAGACAGACAGCAGACGCCGCAAAAGAUCCGACGACACCCUCCCCCAAACAAUCUCGCAGCCAGCAGAGUUCUUCAAAAACAAACCAGCAACAACAAAAUCCUUCUAACCAGUCACUGAAGCGACACCUUCCAGAACUGCAACAACCACAACAUACCUCCCCUAAGCGACUUUGUAGAACGCCUUCACAAACGCCGCAACAGCCACAACCACAGCGAACACCCCAACAACCGCAACGAACACCUCAACAACAACCGCAACGAACACCUCAACAACAACUGCAACGAACACCUCAACAACAACUGCAACGAACACCUCAACAACAAAACAAUACUCCUGCCAUUGAGUGCCUUGUUAACGACCAACCAGCCGACAACGACACCAUCCUACAGCCACAAGCAGAACAGCAGCGACACGGCAACAACAUCAGCAUCACCAACAUUAUUCUCAGCAAUAACAAUGUCAGCAACAAUGUUGACAACAACAAUGUUGACAACAACAGCAAUGUCAGCAACGUAAGCAAAAACUCAUUAGCAACCGACCAGUCACAAUCGUCGUCAUCAUCAACUGAUCCUCCUCCUCCUCCUCCUAUCAUUCCCAAGCCAUCACUUGUGAAAAGAGUGAAAAAAAUCAGAAAGCCACAAGACGGACCAACGGAGCAGCAAGCAACAGUAGCAGCCACCGAUACCGCAACCACCGCCAACCUGCAGACGUACCAGCCCACAGCGACCACUUCAACACUGCAGCAACAAUCCGAACAACUCUUUCCUCACUACCAGCCAACGAGUAUACAACAUCUAAUGCAGCAGCAGCAGUCAUCGAUCGCCGCUACCCUACACCACACCAACCACAGCAGCAACUUCAUAAACGACAGCAACAACAACAACAGCGACUUACUUGCAGCCAGCGACACAAAGAAGAAGCAGACGCAGAAUGAAAUUCAGAGGACGGCCGAUCUAGAAAUGUUCAACUUUUUGUGUCGCAAGUCGUCUGACGAUAUCUACAACGAGGCACAGAUCGCCAGGAAGCGCGGCGAAAAAAUUUUUGUCGUCAACAAUUCGAGAGACGUAGCAGUAGUAGCCACAGCCGCAGCAGACAUCAACGCGACCAUUGCCGCAGACGCCCAGCAGAAGCCACACGACCAACAGACCAGCACCACAUCGACCGACCAACUAGCGACGGGAUCACGACAACAACAACAGCAUCAACAACAAAACUCCUCGCAAGGUGUGGCGGCAUCAACAGCCACAACAGCAGCGACGACAUCGGCCUCAUCUCCCUGUGGCUGGACGUUUGAUCCUUCGAAGGAGCUGAACACUUAUGCUUACGCCAUGUCGUUCUUGCAAGACUCCAUCAACACCAUCGAGGCAGCCAACAAGCUGAGGAGCAAGCCGAGUUGCAAAGAAUUCUACAGCAAGCUGGACAGGAGGUUCGGACAGUUCCAUCUACACAUGAACGUCAUCUCAUUUAUGCAGUGCUUCCAAGAAGCCUUCCAACUCAUCAAGAAACUCACUGAGGACAAACACUACAACACCAACACUAACAACAACAACAACAACAACAGCAGCAGCAGCAACAAUAAUAAUAACAACCGAACGAACUUUUCUUCCUCCUCCUCCAACAACAACAACAACAACGGCAUCAACCUCAUCAGCCUCAACUACCACAAACGUAGCAGCAGCAGCAGCAACAACAACAUUCCUGGCAAAACUCCUAGCUUAACUGACGUUCGCGUGAAGAAUUCAAGUGGUGGUGGUGCUGGUGGUGGCUGCAGCGGUAGUCGAAGCAGUGGUAGUGUUAAUAUCAGAAGCAGAAGCAGCAGCAGCAGCAACAAUCUGAAAGGGAAGUGA